AUUUCGCACGGCCCUGAACGCGCUAACGAAAUCAUUCCCGUUCAGAAAUUCAUCCCAGGUCAUAGUAGGCCCAAAGACGGUAGGCAGGUUUAAAACGCUAUCGCCUUGGAAGCCGUCGUUUCCGUGGUUCGUCCCUGGGAAUAACAGGAGAACGCCGAAGGUGGCGAGCCUGUAGGUGGCAGUCGCGCCGUUGGGUUCCUGUUACACGAUGCGAAUCCAGCACUGGCGCCCCAGUCAUAGGGGAACGAUGGUGGGGGAAGAGUUACGUUUCACGUGACACGUUGGCGCCUUGGUGGUAGGGAUCGAUCGCGGGGUCACGUGAUCGUAUGGCGCCGAGGUGGUGGGGAUCGAUCGUGGGGUCAUGUGACCGUAUGGCGCCGAAGUGGUGGGGACGCACCUACCACCCCUUCGGUUUGGAGCGAACCGGCAAGACAGGAGUACUGCCGGCAUUCUGACCUGGUAAGUCGCCAGUGUCGGAUCGUGAGAACAGUGUUUGUGAGAGGCUAGGCUCGCUACGCAGGACAUUUAAAUCGACCGUGAGCAGACGUUGGUUCUAAAGGAAACGGUUUCUCCGCGUACACCGGCUGCCAGCUUAUCGCGACAAUUGUGGACAUAACUCGCGAUCGACUCCGGCCGCGACACUAACCGACGAAACACGAAUAAGGCCGAAUAAUACGCUUAUUUAUUAGACUCCUACGUCCCACGAUCCUUCGAACGAUUACUCUUUAUUCAUUCGUUAGUGUGCAGCCGCGGCUCGUUCGUGUGUCUUUUUUUUCUCACUUGGCUCGAGAGACGAAAAAUACGAGAAACGAAAUAGAAAAAAAAAAAAAAAAGAAAGAAGCGAUACGAGCCGACAAUUACGUCAAACAAGCGAGAAGAGGGAAGUCGAAAGGAAGACAGUGGUGUUGUGCAUGAAGGAAGAAAAACACGUACCGACGUCUCUGAAUAUUUUUUACACAGUUGUCUUCAUCUCGUGUCGUAUAAUAUUGUUUUCGCGUAAACGGCCUUUACGUGAGUGAUAUUUCGGAGUCAUCGUCCGAAACCAAGGUCUCUCUUGUUGGUACAUGUAUCUAUAUACCCGCAAAUACGGUACACACGUGUAUGUAUGUUAUUUAGUGAAGUGUUGAGUGGCCCGGUCGCGCGUCUCUCUUCUCGUGCGGAUUCGUGUGAACUUCUGUCUGUAUCUUUACGAUCGAUUCGUGCAUGCUCUGUCUGGUCGCGGCGGCGAAAAACGGUUUGGCAACGUGGCACGUGAAUAAAGUGACACCACGACGGCGACGGCGACGAUCACGAAGACGGCGGUGAGACGAAGUAACGGAAAUAACGAACGUGAAAGAAACAAAAUACAGCCGAUCUGACAGCGUCCCGUCGGAAUUGCCAGAACCGGUGGAUCGUUCGUUCGCGUUAGUCAAAUAGGAGUCUGUGCGGCCGUGACGUGACGUUCUUCUAGAGGUUAGAAAACGCCACGGGUACCAUGGAUUUGCUUUGCUGCGAAACAACCGAGUCGGAGUGCAGAGCGUACGCCGAUCCAGCUCUACUCGGUGACGACCGUGUAUUGCAAAAUCUGCUGAAAACCGAGGAGAGAUAUGCGCCUAGCAGUUCUUACUUCGAGUGCGUGCAGAGGGACAUCUCGCCGCUCAUGCGCAAGAUCGUCGCGGAGUGGAUGUUGGAGGUAUGCGAGGAACAGAAAUGCCAGGACGAGGUCUUUCCCCUUUCGAUGAACUACGUCGACAGGUUCCUUUCGAUCUGCCCGAUCAGGAAGUCGCAGCUGCAGCUGCUAGGAACUGCUUGUCUUCUUCUCGCCUCGAAACUCCGAGAACCAUCGCCACUCACCGCUGAGGUGCUCGUUUUCUACACGGAUAACUCUAUCACCAUGGAUGACUUGUGGAGGUGGGAACAACUGGUCGUCUCGAAGCUGAAAUGGGAAUUAUCCGCGGUGACACCAGGUGACUUCCUGAUGCAUAUCCUGAGCAGACUGCCCGUGCCAGGUAGCUGGGACCCGGUGAUGGUCAGGAGGCACGCGCAGACCUUCAUCGCCCUCAGCGCCAGAGGACUAUCUUCAGGGUUGCCUGGAGCAGAUCGAAGAGAUGGUCUCGGAAGCGGUGGGAGCGGAUGGCAGCGGAAACAGCCACCAAGUAUCCGGCAUGUCGAUCUCGGUGCCGCAGAAACCUCUGGGGGACGACAUGACCAGCCAGGAGAAGAUCCUGGAACACGAGAAGGCGGGCACUCCGACCGACGUGAGGGACGUCCAUUUUUGAGAGACGCCGCUGAGGGAAACUCUGGCCAGGGUGACUCUCUGCUAAUGGAGACCGAAGAGCCAGCGUUAGCCAGCAGCGACGAGGACGCUGACGGACCUACGGCGAACAAACGAUUCAAGAAAAACGAAGAGGAUACAUCGAAUCGAGCGGACGUUACAGAAGACUCUUGAAAGAGAUAACCGAUUGAAUUGUGCUCGUAAACCGAUUGUUCAUCUUCGUUCGAAUAAAGAAAAUGGUCACCAGAAGAGAGUUAUCCUGGCGAAGCCCUCACCGGAAUGCGUUCUCGAUUGUCAACGGGAUGUUAUGAACAUUUUUGUUACACCGAUCGGUGAUCAUCGAGUCGGAAGACUCUUAAGCCAAGGGACCCCUAAUGCGAUUAUCUUUUUAGUCUCGAGAUCUACGAAUUGUGUACGUAGUUUUUUAAACCGGGAAGCGAACGACUGCUGAAACUGAUCCGGAACAAUUUUGCUUCCCGCGUGCGAGAAAUCAGUUGUUUUUACACGUGGAACGGUCGGACGGCGUAAACGAGUUAUUUUGUUAUUUAGUUGUUACGCGUUUUUAUUCGAAAGAUGCGGCCGAUCCUCGCGGUCGGUAUCGGUUUUUUUUUUUUUUUUGUUCUCUUCAGAGACACGCGUUGUCUCGAAUCACGAUCUUAUAGUUUACACAGACUUCUUUUUGUCAUGUUCGUUUCGAAUAUAGAGAUGCGCGAAGGGAGAGUGCGAAACUUGUUGAAUUUUCUUCGUUCGAGCGUUGAUCGACCCUCUGUUUCUUUGUAAUUAAUUCGAGAUUUCUCGGAGAGAAUUCAAAACUGACAGGGUGAGACCUGAUGAACUCAGGUUAAUUUAACUCUCCGAGCGAUUGCGAUUCGCUUUGCGAUUGAAAUUACAGAGGGUCGAUGAUUGAUCGGUGAUUUAUUGUAAAAAUGAACAAGUGAAAUUUCGCGAAGAGAUACAAAAAGGAAGUUGGUCAAAAUCUAAGGUCAAACUUGAAACAAAAAAAAUUGAAUAGUAUAAAAAAGAAUGAUGGGAUGAAUUGUAAAUGAUUGUAAAUCGUUUCGAAAAUGCGUCUCUUUAAGGAGAACCCUGUGCACGUGAAAAUCGCGAAUGAUUUUCUUUAUUGCACGAAGUUCAGCGACCACGAGAUGAAGAACGAAGAACGAAGAUAUAUCAGCAAGACGGGGAAUUAGCUGAAGAGACCGGAAGGCGGCGUGCUGUUGGGGGAAGGCAAUGCAAUACGCUUUACGCAUCUAUUUCGUAAUAGAAUUAUACACUUAAUUUUUAGCCGGACGACGAACCACACCAGAGAAUGUUAUAACGUGAAUUUAAAAUUAAAAAAAAAAA